AUGGCACAAAACACGAAGAAAAUCAUUCUUUCCAUCAAUGCCGGUUCCAGCUCCGUCAAGGUAUCGGUUUACUUGGCAGAAAAGCACCUGCGCCCGCAGCAGAUAGCAGAAGCGCAACUCAGCGGAUUGACCGCGCCGCCUGCGAAGCUGGAAUACUCUCGACACGGCGAGCCAAUCGUCAAGGAUGAAGAGGUAAGUACGGAGGUCGUGGGACAGGAUGAGGCCUUUGCGCUGCUGCUGGAUACACUGGUCAAGGACGGUGAGCUGCGGGAGGUUGGGUCCAAGCACGACUUUUCGGUAGCAUGCCACAGGAUUGUCCACGGCGGCGACUACACCGAGUCCCGAGUUAUCAACCGAGAUACAUAUCGCCACCUGGAGGAGCUCGGCGAUUUGGCGCCGUUGCAUAACGGGGCGGCUCUGGAAAUUGUAGAGUCGUGUAUGAAGCAGCUCCCAGGUGCCACCAACGUGGCAUGCUUUGAUUCUCAGUUUCACGCAACCAUUCCGGCCCACAUCUCCACGUACCCCAUCAACCCAGCCGUGGCGGGGAAAAACCGGCUGAGAAAGUAUGGGUUUCACGGCCUCAGCUACGCAUUCAUGGCAAGGUCAGUUGCCGAGUUCCUCGACAGGGAUCUCAAUCAACUCAACAUGAUCGCGCUGCACCUAGGCAGCGGAGCCAGCGCGUGCGCGGUCAAAGGAGGCAGAAGCUGGGAUACGAGCAUGGGCUUGACACCGUUGGAAGGGCUUCCAGGAGCAACUCGAAGCGGGAGCGUUGAUCCCAGUCUUGUUUUUCACUACGCAAGCGACGUGGGCAAACUCUGGCCAGCAUGGACGGAGCAUCUUCAUAUUUCCAGGGCUGAAGAGAUGCUAAACAAGCAGAGCGGAUGGAAAGCCCUGACGGGCACGACUGACUUUGGGGCCAUUGCCGAGUCGGACGAGCCCACGCACAAGCUGGCGUUUGACCUUUUUGUCGACCGAGUGUGCGGCUUUGUCGGCAGGUAUUACGUGUCUCUGGAAGGCCAGGUCGAUGCGCUGGUGUUUGCCGGUGGCAUUGGGGAGAAGAGUAGCCGGUUUCGUGACGAGGUGGUGCGUCGGACAAACUGCCUCGGGUUUUGGAUGGACGGAAGCCGCAACUCGGGCCGUCUAGGUGGAGUUGUGGAGGACAUUGGGGCAAAAGAUGGACGGCAUCGUGUGUUGGUGUGUCGGACCAACGAGCAACUGGAGAUGGCAAGGGAAGCGACGAAAAACGAGGAGAUGUGGGCCUAG